AUGGAAGCCGCAAUACGCUGGUCUCCCCUCUCGACCCCCGAUCAAGCUCGCUUUUUGCUAGCCGAUGUCGCCGGCAAUGCUCUUACCCUCUAUGAGACUCGGUCCUUGAACAGACAAGGCAUUCAGUACAAGCCAAUAGCCCGCCGCGAGAAAGUUAAUAACUUCACCGCUUUCGACUGGUCUAGGACAGAUGACUCGCUUGUAGCUUUGGGCCUCUCAUCUGGCAAUGCCGAGCUAUAUAGAUUUGAUGAUUCUGCCUCAUCUGAUCCUGUCGCCCUUUUCAAUAUCAAGACGCAACGAAGAUGUAACACUAUUGCAUUCAACACACAGAAUCUUCUUGCAGUUGGUUUAGAUCGAGUUAGACAUGAUAAUUGUCUUACCGUAUACGACAUCGAAUCCAAUGAAGCAUAUUCGAGAUUGUGCGUUUCAGAGGCUGUCACAAGUAUUCGCUUCUUCCCUCACCAUCCACAGCAAAUGCUGGCUGCUGUCUCACGUCAAACCAUCCGUCUGUACGAUUUGCGAGACUCGUCCACCAGUACUGCAGGACUGGGCAACUGUGGUAUAACGAAACUGGUCAACAAUAUCGCUAUCGACCCUUUGGACGAGAACUACUUUGCGUCGGGCGGCUCGACAGGUGAUCCAUCUGUCACGGUCUGGGAUAAGCGAUACUUGUCACGCUCAAAUAGUGCAGCAGGUGCUGAUGCCACCAACAAUGGUGCAGUCCUUGACUUACGUCCAGCAACGGAUAACAGUCAAACCACUAGCGUCUGGAGCAUCAGAUAUUCAGGCCAGAAAAGGGGACGUUUCUGUGUCUUGUCCAGCACAGGAGAGGUCAAGCUGUAUGACACAGCACAGCAUAAAGUACAUUCGAAGCUGCGGCCAGCAUCGGUAAAUUACUACGGAGGGAAUCCUUGGAAUCAGCCUCAUUAUGUUUCACGUACCCACAGUCUACGAGAACCAGAAACUGGUACAAGAAAAGACAGAGGCGCCAAUAGGAUUAUUGCUUUUGACUGGGUGUCCCUCGACGAUCAGGAUCGCCAGGCCAUUAUAGCGUUGCACCCGAAUCGCGACAUCGAUCUGAUCUAUGCUCCUAAUCCGAAUCAUGUCGACAUCACUGGACGAGGUGACCUGUCUAUCUGCAACAAAGGGUUAUCCAUCUUUGAACCAAAGGAUCAGUACCCUUGUGUCGCGCAAGAAGUACGAGCACUGCGGAAAGCUUCUGACAGUGGAAGCCCCAGCCAGGACGAGCAAUAUCCAUCCAAAGCUCCGAACCCGAUGAGUGGACCAUCUCAGCUGGAUCACCGCAACCUUAAGUCACUGAAUGGGUCCAAAACAGCCACUGCUGCUAGAACGGAGGAAUGGCUGGAUGAUAGCGUGACCAAGGCUCCCGAGAUUCUGCGCAACGAUAGAGUGGUGGAUCUGCUGGCUCUUGCCAACGUGCCACGUAGGCGCUGCCAAGAAGGUUAUCUCUUUGAUCCUCGAAGAAAUAUCGAGAUUGUUGCCGAAGACCCGGCAUUGAUCAAACUUUGGAGCACCAUCAAGAGAUUCGAAGACCUGGCUCGAGACGGAGGCAUGGCAUCAGAUACUCUUGACUUGAGCUUUCUCGGUGUGAGCAACAUCUGGGAAGGUAAAUUGGGCAACGGUCCGAACAGAGUGACAUCUGCCUCCAAUGCACUUCCCGAGACGUUCGAAGACGUGGUACGCAAAGUACUCGAACGUCACAGUCUGCCCGAUUACGUCGGAGUACGAACAGAGAAACCCGAGCAACGUCAGCUAUGUCUGGCAUUGUGUGGAUGGGACUUUUCGCAUGAGCAUACGAAAGAGCGAUGCGAUUACCUUGUCAAGAAGCAACGAUACUACGAAGCAGUAGCGACUGCCAUGUUUAGAGGACGCAAGACAAUCGCUCUCGAGAUCUUGCGAGAUCUGAUCCGCGAGCGAACUAUCCAGAAUAUCGGACUGGGAGCUUUGAUAGCGUCAGACUCGCUCAACGACGAGCAACGCGAAAUGUGCCGCUGGAUGGAAGAAGACGCGACAGAUCCAUAUCUGAGAUCUCUUCUCAUUUUCCUGUCCAGCAGCGAUUGGAUUGACGUAGUCCACAAACUCGACGCUGACAUCAAACUCUCUGACCGUCUAGGCAUCGCCAUCAAACAUCUCAGCGACAGCCAAAUCUCAACCUUCAUCUCCCAAACCAGCAGCACUUUGAUCACAGCCGGAAAUGUAGAAGGCGUGCUCCUAACAGGUCUGAGCGAGAAAGCCAUGGAACUCUUCCAAUCCUACAUCCGUCGCACGUCAGACCUACAGACCGCCGUCCUAGCCACCGCGUUCACAAACCCUCUUUACGUCAACGACGCUCGCUGGGAAAUGUGGAAGGAAACCUACUUUAUGCAAAUGCAAUCCUGGCGUGCCUUUAUCGAGCGUACAAAAUUCAGUAUGCAGCAUACCCGUCGCGCAGUCACUAGAGGAGGUACAAAACUCAUCGCGCCGCCACCAAGACAAUUGGCUCUCCGCUGUGCACACUGCCAACACUCUCUCGCAAAGGAAAGUGCCACACACACCCAUCACCCACAUGGUAGUAGUACACCAGCCAAAGGAGCACAGCCAAGGAUUGCUGGCCCGGCUGCGAGUGCAGGAACAGUAUGUCCUCGUUGUGGUCGCCAUCUUCCACGCUGUUGCUUGUGUAUGCAAUGGCUGGGUACCCCUGAGCCCACGCGCGCGAAAGAGGUUCAGAGUGGUGAAAAGGAGACGGAUGUGUUGAGUAAAUUCAUCACUUUUUGUGCUACCUGUACGCAUGGAUUUCAUGCUCAUCAUGCCAGGACAUGGUUCGCUAGGCAUGCCAUGUGUCCUGUGCCGGAUUGUCGAUGCCUGUGUGGAUUGAAGUAG